AUGCCAAUAAAAAUCAUUCAUAGAAUAAAAAGUAAAACAAUCUGGAUUAGUUCAAAAAGUUCUGAGGAUGAAGAAAGCGAAGAUUAAAGUGAAAAGCAAAAUAAAAAACAUCUGAAUAAAAAAUUGAACUCUAAUAGCAGUAAUGACGAAGAGGAUGAGAGCAAUGAUGAAUCUUAAAUUUAAAGUAAUAGAAAACAGAUUUAAGAAACUGAUGAUGAUGAAUCUGAAAGUGGUAUUACUGAAAGUGAGAGAUCAAAAAAAUAAUUGAAAUAAUAAUAAAAGCAAAUAAAAAAGAGAAAAUAGUCUUCAUCAGAAUCAUCAGAUAACAGUCAGUAAUCUUCUUCAGAUGCAGAAGAGGAGGAUAAUUCCUCUAAAAUUAAAACACAAUUAUAAAAGCCAUUAAAGCAAAAUAAAUCCUCUUCUUAAAGUGAUAGUGACGAGGAUGAAAAAAGUCAGUUUGAAACUAGAUCUGAAAAAAGCAAAAUCAUCAAAUAGAAUAAUAAUAAUAAGCCAUCGAGAUAGUACACCAAAUUGAUUGAAUCAGAUGACAUUAAUGUGCAGUAUAACGAUCAUUAUCAAUCAUCUAAGGAAAAAGACUUAAAAAUACUUAAUUUAAGUGAAGAAAAUAAAAAGUUUAAGCUGCUUUAUGAUUAAAUGAUUGUUGAAAAUUAAGGUUUAGAGGAGAACAUCUUAAAACUUUAGAAUACUAUUUAGAAUCUUCACUAUGACAUUAAAGAACAACAUAUUGAAAUUAGUUAGUUAAAGAAUGAUUUAGAUGACUAAGAAAUAACAAUAAAAUAAAAAGACAACGAGAUUGCAGAGUCAUAAGACACACUUUUAAAACAAUAAAAAGAAACCAUAAAUAAGAUAUAAAAAUAGCUAGAUGAUAUUUAGUCUUCAAAUCAAGAGAAGUUUUUACUUAUUGAAAAAUUACAGAUUUAAGUAAAAGAUAAAGACUAGCUAAUUUAGAAUUAUAAAUCCCAAGAAAGGCAAAAUAUAGAUUAAAUACAGACUUUAACUAUCUAAAACAAAAGGCUAAAUAAUGAUAUCUUAGCUAAAAAUGAUGAAUUAGAGGAAAGGUUAGAAUAAUUUAGUUUAGUUCUUAAGUAAAAUGAGAGUUUGAAGCAGUAACUUAAAUCGAUUAGAUUGUAAUAUGAGAGAUUCAAAACUGAAAAGAUUCAAUAUUUCGAGAACGAAAUAUUUGAAAAGAAAAGUGAGAUAGAAGUACUGAGAGAAAUGGCUAGAGGAAGCCAACUGCAAGUAAGGGUAAAAGAAAAAGAGAUUUAGCGACUUAAAAUCAAAGUUAUGUAAAUGGAGGGAAACGUGCUUCUAAGCAAUAUUAAUAACAAUAAUUAUUAUAGCAAUACUCCAGCCUCAAACAACCUAAGUAUUAGAAAGGGCUAUCAAUAAUUAUCAUAAAACAAUAAUUCUCCAUCAAGAUAUUCUAAUUUAGCAGGAAAUGGAAAUGGAGUAAACAGUAGAAAUUAGAUUCAUGUUCUCAAGCCAAUAAAUUCAGGAAAACUUUCAUCCCAUAUAAAUGAUAGUCAAGAGAUAAUUGAUAGAAGUUAUCUCGACACUAGUUUAAAUAAAUCAGUCUUAGAUAUUUCCAAAAGUAAUAACAAGUCAUAUAAAAUUAGAAAUAUAAUCAACAAUCGCAAAUCUGUAAAUGUGAGCUAAGUAAAAAAUAGAUUAAAUGAGAAUAUCUAAAUCAAUAGUGGUGAAAACCCAAAGGAAUCAUCUAAUUUAGAGUACCAACAAAUUGAUACUACAUUUAUGAAUGAAAGCUUACAAGAUCUGAGGUCUAUUUAAGAAUAGAUACCUGAGACUAAUUCAUUUCAAGAUUCUGCUAAGAGUUCAAGCAAGAAAAAUGAUAAAUAUUGA